UGGGGGGGGCAGAAAGGACGGGACAAGCCUUUCCUCAGGAAAACAUAUCACCUUCAACCACAAUAGGGUAAACCGCAGGAAAUCAGGAAACCGCAGGCAGCAACAUUGCUCUCUUGAGUCAGUGAGGACUUUCAGACACGCUCUCACACUCAUCACAGACACUCUACAGCCGGGCAGCUCAUUUAGCCAACACACUCCAGGAUGACAUUGGACUGAAACACAGCAAGGCAUCGUCAUCAGUUUGUUAACGUAUUAAAUGCAACCAUGCCCAUUCUGAAGAAACUCCCGGGAAGAUCCAAGAGCUGCCACGAGUUCCCCAGAGUGAACGGUGAACUGAUUCUGCCUCGCCUAGACUUAGACAUCAGGGACUUGAACGAGCUCAAGGACCUGAAGGAGCUUAAUGAACUGAAGGAUCUAAACAAGAACCUGAACCCCUUUGAGGAUGUGGACCUGGAUGAUGAUGAUGACAGGAACAGAGGUGACAUGGGCCUCAUUAUGGGGGAGGUCAAGGGUAACCUCCAGCUGAAGUCGUCCUGUGAUGGUGAAGAGGAGGAGAACGAGGUAAAUGCUGGGAAACACGGGGCAGGGAAUCCUAAAGUGAAGCCACUGCGGGGGACCCUUGAGCGGAUCUGUGGAGUGUCUCCCCUUAAGACCCUUGGAAAAUUGGGAAAGGGGCUUCGCAUAUCAGGACGGAGUGUAUGGGGGAACAGCACCCCACACUACAGCCCUGGAGAUUCAAAUACACUACCAGCAGAGAAAGAGAAAAGAAAAGGACUACGCAGGAGCUCAGAGGGAAUAAUGACCCUGCUUCGCUUCACUGGUCGACGGAAGGAGGAGCGCAGAGAAAGCCUGCCCUGUGGAGACCUGAGCGUAGGCAACGAGGUAGAGACUUCCAGGCGAUCAUCCUUCCUCAGGAUGGUCAGUCUGGGCAAGCUAAAGAGGGAAUCCAUGUCAGACAAGGCAUCCCAAGAGGCGGAGGAGGAAAUGGAGGAGGAGGCAGAGGAUCCAGUAGUGAAAACCAGAGAGCCCCUCUCAGUUCUGGAGAUCUUACAGCUGGUCAAUCACAGGGACCUUCUCCUGGCUGACACACACAUUCAGGAACUGGAGCGAGAGUGUGAGCUCCUGUCUCUCCUGCCAAACACAACUCCUCCUACCCUUACUCCUACCCUGUGUCCCAGUACUCCACCCAGCAUGUUGUGUUUGUCCUCUUCCUUUGAUGAGUCCCUCAGCUCUAAUGCGACUUUGGACUCAAGCCGGAGAAAAGCUAAGGAUGUGGAGCUCCUGUAUGAAGCCCUUCAGAAGGAGAUGUGGGAUGUGGUGCGGGAGUCACUCCGUCAGCCUAGUGCUGGCCCCAACCUUGGUCUGGUGGUGCUGGUAAUCCAGCAGGAGGAGCAUGCUGAUGCUGCCUGGGCUCUGAGGGAGGAGACUAAGCCAGAGCAAGAGGUCCCCCGCAUCCAGCCCAGCCAGCGUCCCCGGCGACUGAAGAUGAAGUGGAGGCAGGCUGUAGUGGAGGCUGCAGACUGGAGCCUGCCACAUCAGGUAGACACCCAAGCAGGCCAGUUGGCCUCAUACCUGGAGCGCCUGAAGUGUCGAAUGGUGGAUGAUCUGGAUGCAGCGAGAAGGAACGCUAUAUCCAUUUACCCAGAGGAGUUUGCAGCCUUCCAGGUGUAUGUGGAAAGUUACCAUCGAGCUGUGGCCAAACGUCUUCGCACUAUUACCAGUGGCCCACUGCAGAUCACAGACGUAUACUCACUACUUGACUGGUUCUACAACAUCUACAACAGGGAUGUCCUAGGAACAAUCGGGACCACCACACCCAUCAACUACAGCACACUGGAUGGUAUUCUGCCUCAAGAGACAGUGGAUAGGCUGGAACAAGACUGCAUUAGUGUAGUCAGGGAUAAGGUGACAACAGAGCUGAUCCAUGUGCUUGAUGAAGAGGAGAGGCGGUGGGCCCAGACUUUGCACAUAGAGGAGUAUCAGUCUCACCUAGCAUGCUCAGUAAUCCAGAGGGUAAAGGUGGAUUUGGACAGAUCUACAUCUGUGAACCAGUUUCUAGGAGCAAGAGUGGCUCGCUGCAGUCUCAUUGGAUUGGCUGACUUCAUUUACAGUUUCCAGAGGAAGGUGGAGAUGUUUCAUGACAGUCAGGCAGAAUUUGGAGACCGAGGAGAUGGAUAUGUGUCAAGGACUAUAGCUCUGGUUAACUGCUGCCCUCCUCUCAGAUCCUUUGUGGACCGCUGCAGGCAGUGUGACCCACAGGGCAGUGAGGAAUCUGCGCAGAAAGCCAACUCCUCAUUGGACAGGAUCAUCAACCAGUCAGUGAGGGUGCUGACUGACAGGCUAUUUGACCACAUCAGACCCUUCUUUGACAAACUGAUGAAGAGAAAGUGGCUGAACAACACAGAGGCCUUCGAGGCUAUUGAAGCCAGUAUUAAACAGCAUUUCAAGAAAUUUAGAAGGAUGGACUCUCCACCCUAUCAGACACUGGUGGGUGAGGUGCACCGGCGGGUCCUAGUGGAGUAUGUGAGAGCCAUUAUGAGGGGACGCCUCAUGUGCACAUCCUCCAAGAUGAGGAAGAGGAUGGCUUUCCGCCUGCAAGAUGAGGCCAAGCAGCUCAAAGGACUCUUUAAGGAUCUGGAAUCGAGCUCCUCCUGGUUGGACAGCAUCAUCUGUCACCUUGCUGACAUCAUUCUCCUGGAGGACACGCCCUCCAUCCAAAUGGAGGUGGCUGUCCUGGUGAAAGAAUUUCCAGAUAUACGGAAGAAGCAUGUCUCCACCCUGCUGAAUGUUCGAGGGAUGAUGCGGCAGGCAGAGCGACAGGAGAUCCUCAAUGUCGUCAAAGAUUUUGAAUGCAGCAGCGCCCUCAUGUGCCGGGACCACGCCCUCUUUUCCGAUAUUCCCAUCACCUCAGAGGUGCACUGCAUCAGCCUGGGUUUCCUCCGCCUUGCCAUGACCGUCUCCAACUGGUUCUCAGAGCACCGGCCAAGACGGAGAGGCAGAGUAAGCAUCAGGAACGCUACACCUCAGCCUGCAGAGAAUAAGGAAGAUGCGACUAAACUUCACAGAGAAGACUAGCCACUAGUGUUUGUGCUAGGAGAGUAGUCACAGGCAUACUGCGAAGAUGAGAUGUACAUGCACCUUGACCAAAACUGAUUUUGUCACCAGCCACUUAAAAAAAACCUCAGGUACUGCACAUACUGUACAUCCUCAGUGACAAUUCUCCAUUUCCUCGUGUUCGCUUUUGCUUUAACGAUGAAACAAACUGUGUAUUUUAAUAACUCACCAUGAUUUACAGUACUUUGCUGUUUAUUUACACCUCUACAGAAGUAAACAAAAAAGAAUAUAUCCUCUGAAUGUAACAUCAUGUUCAUUAGUUUUUCAGCCUUUAUUUCUUAAUUGUCAUUGCACAAAAAACUUCAAUAUGAUUUACAAUGUCUGCUCUUCAGCAUAUAUUUACCCAAUGAUAUAUACCCUUUCUCUGGUAUAUAGAGCAUAUGGAUGUACAGUACUGUGCAUAAAAAGUUAAAGACACUUGCUGUUGUUUAGCUGUUUGCUUCUUAUCCAGAUACCUGAUCUGUUAAAAAGUCAUUCUGCUGCGUGCAAUUAGGCCAAUAUGAUGCUGGCUUUAGUGAUAAGAAAAACAAAGGGUCCUGAACAUUUGGACCUAAUCUGGGAUCAUUCUGACACUUACCGAUAUAACUGGCAAAUGUUGUGAGUGUUACAAAUGUGGAUAUAAGAUAAAGUGGACCUGUGGCUGAGCUGCAGAAGUCACAUUUGCACCAAAUCCAAUGAGGUGGGUCAGAUUUGGGCCAAACAUUCAUUGCUAUAUAUAACAUGAAAGAAGUCAUAAAAUAACUGUGGCAAGGUCUCCAAGAUCCUUUGAUCAAACAAAAGUGGUGCAGUUUUAUUGGUGUUUUUUCAUGACUGCACUUUGAAUUAAACUAAUACAGAAAAAUGCAAAAUUGCUUUAUUUUCUUCAAAACAUCCUCCAUUUGCAUUUUACUUUUACAAUGUUUUCUUAGUACUGCAUAUUAAUUUUAUGGAAAUCUGUUGUGUCACUGUGAAUGAAAUGGAUCUAUUGCUGGAAACAUAAUAAAAGCCCAUUGACUGGGUCGAGUAAAGUGA